AUGCAGUCCAUCGCGCGGCCUCUCUGUCGCCAGGUCCUCCGCCAGCAGCGCCGUGUCAUCGCCAAACAAUCCUCCACGGCAUUGGCCGUGUCCGUGUCUCGACCCGCCGUGCAGCGAGUCCAGCAGUACGCGACUUCGCACCGCUCCGACGAGAGCUCUGCCCGCUCCGCCGUCAUCAAUGUCCUCAACAACAUUGCCUCGAAGCGCGAGGUGCAGCAGUACCUGGCCCAGUUCACCUCCGUCUCCUCCCAGCAGUUCGCUGUGAUCAAGGUCGGCGGAGCCAUCCUGACCGACUACAUCGAUGUGCUAUGUGCAUCCCUUCGCAACCUCAACCAGAUGGGCUUGUACCCUGUCAUAAUCCAUGGCGCGGGGCCGCAACUGAAUAAGAUGCUGGAAGAGGCGGGCAUUGAGCCAAGAUAUAAUGAAGGCAUUCGCAUCACUGACGGCAAGACCCUGGGCGUUGCUCGCAAGCUGUUCCUGCAAGAGAACUUGAAGCUCGUCGAAGCAUUGGAGUCCUGGGGUGUGAGAGCUCGCCCGAUCACGUCGGGAGUUCUCCUCGCAGAUUACAAGGACAAGGACGUCUACGAAUUCGUCGGAGAGGUCAAUCAGGUCAAUGCCCAGAGCAUCAAGGCCUCCAUUGCAGAUGGCUAUAUUCCAGUCCUCACCUGUAUGGCUGAGAAUGACGAGGGUCAAGUCCUGAACGUCAAUGCCGACAAAGCAGCGGCCAUGCUCGCCAGAGAGCUGCAGCCUCUCAAGAUUGUCUAUCUCUCCGAGAAGGGUGGUAUCCACGACAAAGAGACGGGGAAACUGAUUGAAGCUAUCAAUCUGGACGAGGAAUACGAUGACUACAUGAAGAAAUCGUGGGUCAUCCAUGGUACUCGAAGCAAGAUCAGGGACAUCAAGACCUUGUUGGACGACUUGCCACGGAGCUCUAGUGUUGCUAUCAUACACCCAGAGAGCUUGGAGCGUGAGCUCUUCACCCACCCUGGAGCUGGAACUUUGAUUCGUCGCGGUACCAAGUUGCAGCAGGCGUCGUCGCUGAGGGAGUUCGAGAACAUUGAGCAACUGAAGCAGACUCUCCUUCGCGACAGAGAAGGCCUCGAUGCAGCCAACGUGGUCGAUCGUUACCUUGAGAUCCUGGAGUCCAGGCCUUUCAAAGCCUAUUAUGACGAGAACAUGGAGGCAUUGGCGAUUGUCUUGCCUCCAGAGGGUUCUUCCGACUCGAUGGGACACCUUGCCACCCUGACCAUGACCAGGAACGCUUGGCUGUCGAACGUGGCCGACAACGUGUUUCAAAACCUCAUUCGUGACUUCCCCAAGCUCGCCUGGACUGUCAAGCAGGAUGACGAGAACUUGACUUGGUUCAGCGAGAAAGCCGAUGGUUCGAUUGCACGCCGCGGUGAAGUCUUGUUUUGGUACGGCAUUGACACUCCCGAAGAGGUUCGGGAGCUCAUGGCAGAGUUCAUUCAACAUGGUCGCAAGAUGUUCGGUGACAUUAACCUCGAGUCCCAACUUCACCGAGCUGCAUCAGCGGCGGAGCGUAUCAGGUCGCGCGCUGCAGAGUUGGCCAAGGGUAGACAGCCGCAGUCUCGAGCCUUCGGCACCAGUGUUCGCCCGACGAAGCGUGUACGACUGGACGGUCUACAACAGGUCAGAACGUACACGACAAACCCCAACCCACCUCUCGGCAUCAAGAACAGCGAAAAGGACUAUCCGGCGAAGGUAGCAGUCAUUGGAGCGCGAGGGUACACUGGCAAAGCUCUCAUCGACCUGCUGAACCGCCAUCCUAACAUGGAUCUCUGCCACGUCUCCUCGCGAGAGCUCGCAGGCAAGAAGCUGCAGGGUUAUGAGAAGAAGGAGAUCAUCUACGAGAGCCUGACCCCAGACGACGUUCGUAAGAUGGCCGAGAAGAAACAGAUUGACUGCUGGGUCAUGGCUCUGCCCAAUGGUGUCUGCAAGCCAUACGUCGAUGCUAUUGAAGAGUCUGGCCACAAGGAAGCUGUCAUUGUGGACCUAUCCGCCGACUACCGAUUCAACUCCGAGUGGACCUAUGGUCUGCCUGAACUUGUGCAGCGCAACAAGAUCGCAUCGGCGACUCGCAUCAGCAACCCUGGCUGCUAUGCCACAGCUGCCCAGCUCGGCAUUGCGCCUUUGGUACCACACCUUGCCGCCGCUCCAGCCAACCCGACCGUCUUUGGUGUGUCCGGAUACUCGGGAGCAGGGACCAAGCCUUCGCCCAAGAACGAUGUGCAAGUCCUUACCGACAAUCUCAUCGCUUACUCACUCACCGACCACAUCCAUGAGAGAGAGAUCUCGACGCAGCUGGGCCGCGAGAUUGGCUUCAUUCCUCAUGUCGCCGUAUGGUUCCAAGGUAUCCACCAUACCAUCUCCCUCCCGUUGGCAGAGAAGAUGGCCAGUCGAGACGUGCGUCAACUGUACCAGGAUCGUUAUGACAAGGAGAAGCUUAUCAAGAUUACGGGAGAGUCUCCCCAGGUCAAGCACAUCGCAGGCAAGCACGGUGUCGAGAUUGGCGGGUUCGCUGUUCACUCCAGUGGUAAGCGUGCAGUCAUCAACGUCACGAUCGACAACCUUCUCAAGGGCGCGGCGACACAAUGUCUGCAGAACAUGAACCUGGCGCUGGGUUAUGCCGAGUACGAAGGUAUUCCACUGGAAUGA